UAUAAAUAUGACGACUUUAAAAGAUACAAACUCGAACUCAAACAACUUAAAUCGCAAUUUCUCAACGAAACCGCUAAAGGACCCACCCCUUCCACUAUCCCCAAGACGGACCCCGCCUCGGACAGUGUAAAAUCCGCUAUAUCCAUAAAAUCCCAAUUGGACAAAACUUCAGAUCAACUCUCCCUACAAAACCGUCAACCGUUUGUCUCACCUGAAUAUCCUAUUAUCAAGCGUCGACGCGCCUUGAUUAACUAUGAUGAGCAUACUCAAAAGCUACGCGAACAGCGUCUUCGACAUUGUUUAUAUCUCUAUCAAUCAACAACGGAUUUUGUGACGGAGAAAAAUCUCGAUUCAAAAAUCGAACUGGCAUUUAGUACGCCACGACGACCAUUUAUGGAGACGCUAGCUGACUUGCAGCUGGAUGUAAUAGAUUCGGGCGGCGUUAUAGAUGAGCGAGAGGCAAAGAGACGGUUGGAUAGGUUGAGGGACGUGCUAGAUGGUACUACACAUGGUGGAAAGUAUUUUGGGUUGGAUGCUGUUAGCGUUUGGGCAGAUUCGGAAGAUGGGCAAAGAGUAGGAGAGGAGAGAAUUUCUGUCGAUGCUGUCGAUGGAAUCAGUAUCGAAAGGGUCAUGAAGGAUGGUGAUGAAAACGGAGGCGGCGAUGGGGAGGUGCGGAAGAGUGAUAUAAAUGUGAACGAUAGUAUUAUUGAAUUGGAGGGGGUUAAUGAUGAAACGAAAUACUUGGAAUUGGUAGAUAUGAAUCUGAGGGAGGAUUCAGAUGAGAAUGAAAAAAGUACGAGUGUUGCAAACGAUUUACGAUGA